CAGAGAUUCCGGCGGCAAUCACGCUAUAGUCGUCUGCAAAUGUUAGAAAACCAAGGCGUAGUCGAAAGAAGAGCAAGGUGUAGUCGAAAUGACAUGCUUUGUGCGUUGUUCAGUAGCAUAUCUGCUUCUAUUAGUGACCAUCAGUAGCUGUGAUGAUGCAUCGACACAAAUAACAGAGUCAACGCCGUUGCAGUAUUCUUCAGCCAUCUCUACAGCGACAGAAGCCGCGUCAAUUUCGUCCGCUGCAUUGUCUACAGAUAGUCAGAGUACCAAGGACGUCACAGAAUCUACUACUCAAAGUGCUACUCAAACAGCAACGGAAGUAUCUUCAAGCAAAACCACUUUAUUUACGUCCGAAUUUUCGUCUUCAAUACCCCUCUCGUCCACGCCAGGAAUAUCUUCAAGCUCGAUUGAGCAUUCACCCACUUCAGCUCUAACAUCGCCGCAGGCACAUUCAGACGCUUCUCAAACUUCUCCGUCUUCAGCCCUACCAUCGUCCAUAUUGACAACAUCUGCAGGCACAGCUGAGCCUUUAGUCACUUCAACGCUACACUCGGCUCAACCAAAAACAACUUUCUCGACUUUAGCGCCGACCUCGCUCAAGCCAUCUUCUCCAAGCACGGUUAAGCAUUCAACUUCAGCAAAAUCCUCGUUUACACCAGAACUCACAAGCACAGCUCAAUCUUCUCUCUCAUUAUCAUCCUCACCCACAGUAUCCACUACUUCGAGGCUUCCAGAUAUUACAACUAGGACGUCAACGUCGAAAUCUACAAAGCUCACGCAGCCGGUAACGCAGCCGACAGUUCCAGUUAUCACCACAACAACUGAGAACUCAUCGAUGUCAAGCGUACUAUACAGCAUUCUUGCUGCAACACUGCUGACUGCUUACUUUACAGCUCUGAAUGAAUGAAUAAAACUUUGAUGCUGUG